CCGGACUCAGCGCUCAGCUCGCGGAGCGGCGCGUCGUGUAGAUCCAAUGAGAUCGCGCCGCGUUCAGGGCCCGAUGGCCAGAACAAGCCGGUGACUUAAGACGGAAAGCGAGGAAUCCGCUGUAGCGUGAGCACAGAGCGCUGUCUGCUCAUGGGUUCGCUUUAACAACUACUGAUCUGAAGAUUACUGAGUUUACAAGUUUAAGUAGUGCACGAGUAAAGCCUUUCUUAUUGUUCACCUGUCAGCCAGCGGUAACUUGUACCGGUCCUUUAGCUCACACAUAAAAACUUCUGCUACUGGAGGUUACCAUGAGGGAAAAGCUGACGUUAUGGGCACUGUUUUGCCUUGCUUUAGUGCUCCUGCCUUCUCCAACAGCUUCUGUUGCUGUGAUGUCUGUCGACUUGGGGAGCGAAUGGAUGAAAAUUGCUAUAGUUAAACCUGGAGUGCCAAUGGAAAUUGUUUUAAACAAAGAGUCCAGAAGGAAAACUCCAGUAGCUGUGUGCUUAAAAGAAAAUGAAAGGCUUUUUGGAGACAGUGCUCUGGGAGUGUCUGUGAAGAAUCCCAAAGUAGUUUACAGGUAUCUCCAGAAUCUUCUGGGGAAGACUGCUGAGAACCCACAGGUUGCACAGUAUCAGAAACACUUUCCUGAACACCAGAUACAGAGUGAUGAAAAGAGAGGAACAGUGUUUUUCAAGAAUUCUGAAGAGAUGCAGUAUUCUCCAGAGGAACUUUUAGGCAUGGUUCUGAACUACUCAUCUGGCCUGGCUCAGGAUUUUGCAGAACAGCCCAUUAAAGAUGCAGUAAUCACCAUCCCAGCCUUUUUUAACCAGGCAGAACGCAGGGCAGUCCUACAGGCUGCUCAGAUGGCAGGCUUGAAGGUCCUUCAGCUUAUCAAUGAUAACACAGCCGUGGCUUUGAAUUACGGAGUCUUUAGGAGGAAAGACAUUAACUCAACUGCCCAGAACGUGAUGUUUUAUGAUAUGGGAUCAGGCAGUACGACGGCCACUAUCGUCACAUACCAGACCGUGAAGACCAAAGAGGCAGGCACUCAGCCCCAGCUGCAGAUCCGUGGAGUCGGCUUUGAUAGGACACUUGGAGGCUUUGAGAUGGAGCUGAGACUGAGGGACUACCUGGCCAAAAUCUUUAACGAGCAGAAGAAAUCAAAGAAGGAUGUAAGGGAGAACAUGCGUGCCAUGGCUAAACUGCUGAAGGAGGCUCAGAGAGUGAAGACGGUGCUGAGUGCCAAUGCUGAACAUAUGGCUCAGAUUGAGGGGUUGAUGGACGACAUUGAUUUCAAGGCCAAGGUGAACCGUGCUGAGUUCGAGGCUCUGUGUACUGAUCUGUUUGACAGAGUGCCCGGCCCGGUGGAGCAGGCACUUGCUGCUUCUGAGAUGUCUUUGGAUGAGAUCGAACAGGUCAUUCUGGUUGGAGGAGCUACUCGUGUCCCCAGGGUUCAGGAGGUCCUCCUUAAAGCAGUGAGAAAAGAGGAGCUGGGGAAGAAUAUAAAUGCUGAUGAGGCAGCGGCUAUGGGUGCUGUGUACCAGGCUGCAGCACUUAGUAAAGCAUUUAAGGUCAAACCCUUCAUAGUCAGAGAUGCAGCUGUUUUCCCAAUACAGGUGGAGUUCAGUCGUGAAACCGAAGAAGAGGAUGGUGUGAAGGGGAUUAAGCAUAACAAGCGCAUUCUGUUCCAAAGAAUGGCACCGUAUCCCCAGCGCAAAGUCAUCACCUUUAACCGCUAUACUGAUGACUUCAUUUUCCACAUCAACUAUGGAGACCUCAGCUUCCUCAGCCAGGAUGACCUGAAGAUGUUUGGCUCUCAGAAUCUGACCACAGUUAAGCUGUCAGGAGUGGGCAACAGCUUCAAGAAGCACUCAGAUGCUGAGUCCAAAGGAAUCAAGGCUCAUUUCAACAUGGAUGAGAGUGGUGUGCUCCUUCUAGACAGGGUGGAGUCUGUGUUUGAGACUGCUGUAGAGGAGAAAGAGGAAGAAUCAACUCUCACUAAACUGGGGAACACAAUUUCCAGCCUUUUUGGAGGUGGAAGCUCAGAGCCUAGUGCCAAUGUGACUGAACCUGUGCAGGAUGAGGAGGAGGUUCCUCCUGAAGCUGGCAAAGAUCAGGAUGAAGCAGUAGAGAAGCCAGAGGAGUCUGCUCCGGAGAAACCUGAGACGGAGGAGAAAAGCCAAGGAAAGAAUAGCAAAGCAGAGUCUCAGACAGAAGAGAAGAAACCAGAUAAAGAAGGCACUGACAAAGAUGAGCCUCAGGUAGAGAAGGAGGCAGAAAAGUCUGAUGAAGGGAAGACGAAUGGAGUAAAAGAGGACGAGAAGGAGGCAGACAAGAAACCUAAACCCCAGAAAAAGAGCAAAAUAUCUGUGGACAUUGGAGUGGAGCUGGAGGUUAAUGAUGUGCCUGAUCCAAGCCCAGAAGACAUUGAGGCCUCCAAAAAAAAGCUACAGGAUCUGACUGACCGAGAUCUAGAGAAGCAAGAGAGAGAAAAGACUCUGAAUAACCUGGAGGCAUUUCUCUUUGAGACUCAGGAUAAGCUGUACCAAGAUGAGUACCUAGCUGUGGUGACUGAAGAGGAGAAGGAGGAGAUUUCUGGAAAGCUGAGUGCAGCAUCGACAUGGAUGGAUGAUGAGGGGUAUACAGCAGGCACCAAAGAACUGAAGGAGAAGCUGUCCGAGUUGAAGAAGCUGUGCAAGGCCAUGUUCUUCCGAGUGGAAGAGAGAAAGAAGUGGCCAGACAGGCUAGCGGCGCUCGACAGCAUGCUCAACCACUCCACCAUCUUCCUCAAGAGUGCUAAAAUGCUCCCAGAAGACAACCAGAUUUUUACUGACGUUGAGUUGAAGACCUUAGAAAGAGUCAUCAAUGAGACUAUGGACUGGAAGAAUGAGACUGUGGCUGAGCAGGAGAAACUCUCUCCUACAGAGAAACCUGUCCUGCUGUCUAAAGACAUUGAGGCCAAGCUCUCACUUCUGGACCGGGAGGUCAACUACCUGUUGAACAAGGCCAAGUUUGCCAAGCCAAAGCCCAAACCAAAGCCUAAAGACAAGAACUCCACCAGCACAGAGAGCAACAAAACCAGCAGCACUGACUCUGAGAAAGUUGUUCCUCCCAAGGAUGAGACAGAAGGAGUUGAGGAGGCAAAGCCAGCAGAAGAGCCCCCCACUGAAGAGAACAAAAAAGAGACUGAAACUGAGCAAAAAGUAGAAGAGGAAACGGAAGGCACAGAAACCUCAGAGAACAGUAAUUCAGAAAACCAUGUAUCAGAUGAAUUAUAACAACUGGAACUCCUUUAGUUGUUGUCUAUUUAUUGACUGUGUUAAAGGUUCAGAUCUUCUUUUCAUUUGGUUCUCCCUGCAUCACAACCAAAUAUCAUUGAAUCAGCUUAGAUAAUGUCAACGUAUUCAGUUGUAACUUAUGUUCUCUGUUUAAGUGCAAGCUACUCAACUUGACUGAAGUCUAGAGGUAAUUCAAGGAGAACUCAAUAAUUCUGGUAUUCUAGCUGAGUCUAGAUUCAUCCUCCCUAGCUAUGAAAUAUGCACACUGUGGCCAGUUAGCUUCCCAUUCUGUGUAUGAAUGCUCAGUUUUGGCUCUUACAACAACCACAGAGGAAUUUUCACUCCAUGGAAUGUAUUCAUUACCUUGGCAAAUAUUUUAGCCCUUUUUGUUGGAAUCUAGAAUUUCAACCUACUGUGAAAUUUGAUUGCUUUUGUCAGAAUAACAUUGUGAAUUUGAAUUGGCAAACAAUCUAGGAACUUAUGUUCAGUUUGGCACUUAUUCAGUCCUCCUGUAAACUUCACUGUUCUUCUGUGGGAAGACAUUCAGGCAAGCAGACACAUUCUCAGAAUACAAAGGUCUUUAAGAUAUGGCUCCUUUCAUGGGCUUUCAAUACACCUCUGCUUAAAUGUCUAUGAAUAUAGAUAAAUGUUCAUCAGAGGAACUCUUGACAAAAAUACCAGCCAAUUUUGCCCUUGUUUAAAUUGUUUCUGUGCAUGGAGACUGCACGGUUCAGUUUCAGUAUUCAGUCUUUAUCAUGUGACUGCACUCCUUCCACUAACGCCCCUCACACAUGUGCUGUGUAUUGUUAAAAUACGCAACUUUGGACAUUCACGUGCAUCACUGGAGGAUUCCUAGGGACUUUUUGACUGCACUGACAUUUAAGGAAUUGGUGGUUAUAUUUUUUUUUUUUCAUGACGCCAUUUGCUGCAUAAAGAAGACAAAAUACAAAACCCUUCAUUCUUUUCUGUUCUUUUCACCUUCUCAUUGUCCUUGUGUUGCCAGUCUGGAGAAGAGUGUCUAAUGUCUGGGAAAGGGAUAUUUUGUUUCUGAACUGUUAAUAAAAUCUUUUUUUAAAACCUC